AUGACGAGAGUGGGAUUCGAACCCACGCCUCCGAAGAGACUGGUGCCUAAAACCAGCGCCUUGGACCGCUCGGCCAUCUCGCCACGUUAUUACGCACCUAUUGGUUUCCGAGAACAUGAACAGUCGAGAGUGUCGAGAAAGAAGAAAAAUGCUUGUGACGAGAGUGGGAUUCGAACCCACGCCUCCGAAGAGACUGGUGCCUUAAACCAGCGCCUUAGACCGCUCGGCCAUCUCGCCUAUUUAACGACGUUGCUUUUCAUCUUAUCAAUCAACAGGCAUCCACUUUUCUCGUUUAAUUAA